CCCAGCCGUGCAGCGGGUGGCUCGCGCGGGAGCCCUAGUCUCCUUGGUCCCUCGCGAUGGCUGGCUACCUGCGGGUCGCACGCUCGCACCUUAGGGCCUCGGGCCCCGGGCCGGCCUGGGCGCCGGCCGCCCUGACCAACCCUGGCUUGCAGGAGCCGCCGCGGCGCCACUAUGCUGACAAGAGGAUAAAGGUGGCAAAGCCGGUGGUGGAGAUGGAUGGUGACGAGAUGACCCGCAUCAUCUGGCAGUUCAUCAAGGAGAAGCUCAUCCUGCCCCAUGUGGAUGUCCAGCUCAAGUACUUCGACCUCGGGCUCCCACAUCGUGACCAAACCAAUGACCAGGUCACCAUCGACUCUGCGCUGGCCACCCAGAAAUACAGUGUGGCCGUCAAGUGUGCCACCAUCACCCCCGACGAGGCCCGUGUGGAAGAGUUCAAGCUGAAGAAGAUGUGGAAGAGUCCCAAUGGGACCAUCCGAAACAUCCUCGGGGGCACGGUCUUCCGAGAGCCCAUCAUCUGCAAAAACAUCCCACGCCUCGUCCCCGGCUGGACCAAGGCCAUCACCAUCGGCAGGCACGCACACGGUGACCAGUAUAAGGCCACUGACUUUGUCGUGGACCGUGCUGGCACGUUCAAGAUGGUCUUCAGCCCAAAGGAUGGCAGCGGGGCCAAGGAAUGGGAGGUGUACAACUUCCCGUCGGGUGGCGUGGGCAUGGGCAUGUACAACACCGAUGAGUCUAUCUCAGGUUUCGCACACAGCUGCUUCCAGUACGCCAUCCAGAAGAAGUGGCCGCUGUACAUGAGCACCAAGAACACCAUUCUGAAGGCCUAUGAUGGGCGCUUCAAGGACAUCUUCCAGGAGAUCUUCGACAAGCACUACAAGACGGACUUUGACAAGCAUAAGAUCUGGUACGAGCACCGGCUCAUCGAUGACAUGGUGGCCCAGGUCCUCAAGUCCUCUGGUGGCUUCGUGUGGGCCUGCAAGAACUAUGACGGAGACGUGCAGUCGGACAUCCUGGCUCAGGGCUUUGGCUCCCUUGGCUUGAUGACGUCUGUGCUGGUCUGCCCAGAUGGGAAGACCAUCGAGGCAGAGGCUGCUCACGGGACCGUCACUCGCCACUAUCGAGAGCACCAGAAGGGCCGGCCUACCAGCACCAACCCCAUUGCCAGCAUCUUUGCGUGGACACGUGGCCUGGAGCACCGUGGGAAGCUGGACGGGAACCAGGACCUCAUCAGGUUCACACAGAUGCUGGAGAAGGUGUGCGUGGAGACUGUGGAGGGUGGAGCCAUGACCAAGGACCUGGCAGGCUGUAUCCACGGCCUGAGCAAUGGGUGCCAGGUGACUUGGGCAGCCUUCGAAGGCCCCGAUGCGAGUGGUGUCUCCCUCCUCCAGCGUGAAGCUGAACGAGCACUUCCUGAACACCACAGACUUUCUGGACACCAUUAAGAGCAACUUGGACAGAGCACUAGGCAAGCAGUAAGGAGACCCUGCCAGCUGCAAGUGCCCGGGCAGGGCGAGUGACAGUGGUUCCCAUGGCCAUGAAACAUGGGUGAGCUUCACAGCCCUCUCUGAGGCCUUUCUAGGGGACAUUUUUUAUAAAUGAGAUGUUUUUAAGAGAAUUGUGUGGGUUUCCCCUCAUGGUAGCAUGGGGCAGGAAGUGUGCUUUACCUCAGCAGCCAACAUGUCCUGCACACUGUAAUUUAUAUUGCCCUUGGAACACACGGUGCCAUAUUUAGCAACUAAAAAGCUCUUCACAAAA